UCGUUGUGAAUUGCGGAAUCGUGCGCGCGUGCGAGAAUUUGUGGAUUGGGCGUCACCGCUGCAGAUUCUCCAUGUCAAUCUGCGGGGGCCCGAGCGCCCUCUCGUGCUGCAACGCUGCAGCCCGUCCUCGCGAGAGAAAUGUCGGUCCGCAUCGUGCGCCGCGCGUUCGAUGCUCGGCAAUUGUCAGCUCCAGGCCGAGAGUCAGAAUCAAGGGAGGGUUCUCAUCGACAUUCCUGUGCAAUGGCUGGUUCGGCAGAGCCUCUGCAGCAGAAUCAGCAGCAUCAUCAUCAGCAGCAGUAGUAGGGGCCAGAAGGCCGAGCCGGAGAGGCGUUUUCGAGCUGGACGGAGACAGCGAUGACGAGGACGAGGAGUUCGAUGAAGAUUGGGAGUCGGACAUAUUUGAAGAUUUUGACAGGCCCGAGGGCGAGGUGGGGAGAGCCAGAAAGGCCGGUGUCAGUGGCAAUGGAGAGUCGCGUUCCGCCGGCGAGAGGGAGGAGAAAGUGGACGACUGGGCCGAGAAGGCCCGGCAGCGAGCAAUUCUGUCCAUUCAGGCGAGAGGGCUGCCGGUGGCCGCUUUGGUGGACGAGCGACCGAAGAAGAAGAAGAAGAAACGAAGCAAGAAGAAGGUUCAGGGUGUAGAUGUCAAGGUCGAGAAGUCGGUUCGAGCUGAAUUUGACCCGAAGGUUGUGGCACCUCCUCCUGCGUAUGUGGACCCCCCCUUGGACAGCCCUUUCCUGGCUGCUUUUGGCUCUGGAGAAGGCCUCAAAGAAUUAGCUGGGCUUGGAAAUUACUGGAAGAGUUUGGGUCAAGCGGGAGAGAUAAGAAUUCAGGAGGACGUGCGGCCGAAGGAGGUGGAAUUACUGAUUGAAGAAAACUCUGGACUCGUGAGGCCGGGACCAAUGUCUGGAUUCCCAAAAGGAUCUCCAGGAAAGACAAGCAAGCAGAGACGUCAAGAUGAUUUUGACUUGAACAGAAGUCUGGUUGAAGCAAGCAAUGCCGAGGAAGUGCUUUCUCUAGUUGGCAGCGUUCUAGAGAGCAGAGCUGGGGUACAAGACAAUGAUCUUUUGAGUCCUACUAACGUGUCCACUGCUCUUCAUCGAAUUGCGAAGCACAUGGAGAGAGAAGCCACGCACAAAAGUGAUAGACUCUCUUUUGCCCGCAAGAGGACAAUGGCUUUACUUGUUAGUGCAGCCACAGAAUCCCUCUCACAAUGCUCAGCUCAAAGUAUCUCCAAUAUAGCUUGGGCUCUUUCAAAAGUAGGCGGAAGCUCUCUGUACUGGGCGGAAAUGGACCUCUUAGCAGAGGCGGCUCUGUCGAAAAUUUCAGAUCUACAAUCCCAGCAUAUAGCUAACAUCGCUGGCGCCUUCGCUUCGAUGCAGCACUCUCUCCCUUAUUUGUUUGAUGCUCUAGACCAAAGGGCAUGCUUACUUUAUCACACUUUCCAGCCUCAAGAGCUUGCGCAGUUCUUGUGGGCCUUUGCGACUUUGAAUGAGCCAGCAAAGCGUCUGCUCGAUUUGCUGGAUUCAGAAUGUGAAAACUCUGAACAGAGCAAUGAAGAAAGAAUCUCGAGAUCGACUCCGGGCUCUGGUGAGCUAUCAAGCAACUGGACAUCUGCCGAGUCUCACUUCGCCAAGUUUACUUUAAGCGAGCUGUCUAGCUUAUCCUGGUCUUACACAGUUUUGAAUGAGCUAAGUAGACCCUCUUUCGCACUUAUUUGGAGCCUCAUAGUAAAAAUGAGCCAAGGAAACGCAAAGCAUUUUCAAGUUCUUUCUGGUCAAACUAUGCAGUUAUCCCAACUUCAUCAGGUCACUUUAAGUUUGGAGUUGGAGUAUCCUGAGUUGGACCUUCUUCCUGGAGAGCCACUGCGAUCAAUGGCGGAGUCAGAGUGGGAAAAACUGAAAAUUGGGAAGAAGUCAACAUCUACCACUCAGAGAGAUGUAGAAAUAUUACUGACUAGCACAGGACGCCAAUGGGUUGGAGAAUAUAGCGCCGCAAGUCAUUCCUUGGAUGCAGCCCUGGUGGAAGAGAGAAUUGCACUAGAGAUCGACGGACCCACUCACUUCGCUCGUAACACAGGAAGAGCCCUCGGUCAUACUGUCUUGAAACGGAGACAACUGUCUGCUGCUGGGUGGAUCGUUCUGUCCAUUCCGUAUCAAGAGUGGGACGAGUUACUUGGAGAAGCCGAACAGUUGGAGUAUUUGCGUGACCUUCUCAAGCAACAUCUCUGAUCUGAAUUCGAUCUUCGAUAAAUGGAGGAGGUAAAACACUUGGAUCAGGACGAUUUCUGAGGUGGCUUUAAGUAGGAUCUGGCGUCGGAAAAGUUGAAAUAUACAAUAUCCGUGAACGUGUGAAGAUCAGAUAUUUUCGGUCGGGGUCCCAGCUUCGGAUUCUUCGAUGAAGGCAAAUCCCAGUGAGAAAUUAGUGUCUGUCGAUACAGUAUCGUGACCUAGCUGAUGGGAUGUGCUUGCCUUCAUAUUUGCUCUCUCAACGUUUGGAUGUGCCAAAACGAAUUGCCGCACCGUCCUUUUGUUAUUAUUUGAAAAGAUGUGCUCUAAACUUGUACACAUACCACUAGCUUUCAAGGGCUAGAAGAUUACAGCAUACCAGCUAUCCCACAUUGCCGCACCUCUGGUCUUUAGAACGACACAGAUAUAGCGGCUCGGCAUUCAAGUUCUUCUAAGAACCAAUUGUACUAUUUCAAGUGGCUCGAGUAUUUCGUUAAGCUGCUUUGAGUUGUAACAAGCCAAUUUUUUUGAAUCUGAAAGUCAGGCAAUUAUACAUCUGGGGACAA